AUGACUACCGACUACAACUCCCAGAAGGUGCCCGAAUUGAAGAAACUGUUGAGCGACCGCGGUCUUCCUAUCUCUGGAAAUAAGGCGGAUCUCAUUGCGCGCCUUCAAGAAAAUGACAAGAAGGGUCCCAGCGGCGCAACCGGCGAGGACGAAAUAGAUUGGGAUGAGGAUGACGCCAAAGCUACCACCGAGCCAGCAGCUGCGGCGGUCGCUGCUGGCGGACAAGGACAGGUCGCGAAUCCUGCCGCAGUCCCAAACCAGAAAGUAGAUGUCGACCCUUCCAAGACUGAUGAUUUGAAAGUCGUCGCGGAAGGUGAACCAAAAACAACAGAAGCGCCAGUAACAGCAGAGACUACUACUGAAGCUGCCCCUCCCACCGAAGCCGAAGCGCCAAAGCAAGACUUCACAGCUGGCAUCUCUCAGUCGAGCGCGGAUGUAGAGGCAGAAAAACGAGCAGCGCGAGCGAAAAGAUUCGGUCUUACUGUGGAUGAUGAGGCGCAAAAGCUAGCAGAGCGUGCUAAGAAGUUUGGAAUCGAGAAAGCCGACGAGACUGUAAAGGGCCUUGAUUCAGCGUUACCAGAGGGAAGACAAAAGAGGAAUAGAGAAGAGAGACCAGGCGGACAGGGCGGCCGCAAUGCGAAAAGACAGACACCCGAUAGGAGAACAGCACCUACGGCAAAACCAGCUGCGGCUGCGAAAAAGACCGGGAAACUUAUUGAUGAUCCUGUAGAGAAAGCAAAGGCGGAGGCACGAGCGAAGAGAUUCCAAGCUGCCACUUGA